AUGUCUGAGGAAAAGUCUCGCGUCUCUGGCGAGGUUCCCCGUGCGGAAUCCUCGUCGCCCGUCUUGCCCACGGUCAACCCUGCAGUUGAGAAGCCCCAGCCUCCCAAGUCUGUGGUUCAUCCUGCCUUCUACGUAAUUGUUUGGAUUGGUUUCAGCUCGUCGGUUAUUCUGUUCAACAAAUGGGUUCUGGACACUUUGAACUUCCGUUACCCCGUCAUCCUGACCACCUACCACAUGGCCUUUGCGACUAUUGCUACACAGCUCAUGGCUCGAUUUACCCCUCUUCUGGACGGCCGAAAGACUGUCAAGAUGACUGGACGUGUCUACCUGCGUGCUGUGGUGCCCAUUGGCCUGUUCUUCAGUUUGAGUUUGAUCUGUGGAAACCUGACCUAUCUCUACCUCUCGGUCGCUUUCAUCCAGAUGCUCAAGGCCACCACGCCCGUCGCUGUCUUAAUUGCUGGUUGGUCCCUGGGAGUCUCUCAGCCCAACCUGAAGCAGUUCCUCAACGUGUCCACCAUUGUUGUUGGUGUCAUCAUCGCCUCGUUUGGCGAAAUCAACUUUGUCUUGGUUGGAGUCCUGUACCAGAUUGGAGGCAUCAUCUUUGAAGCUCUCCGCCUUACCAUGGUUCAACGACUUCUGAGCUCUGCGGAUUUCAAAAUGGACCCUCUUGUCUCCUUGUACUACUUUGCGCCGGUUUGCGCCGUCAUGAACGGUGUUGUUGCUCUCCUGUGGGAGGUACCUAAGGUUUCCAUGACUGAUGUGUACAACGUUGGCCUCUUCACCUUCUUCCUGAACGGUCUUUGCGCUCUGAUGCUCAACGUGUCUGUCGUUUUCUUGAUUGGCAAGACUUCUGCUGUCGUCCUCACCCUCUGUGGUGUUCUUAAGGACAUCAUGCUUGUUGUUGCCUCUAUGAUGAUCUGGGGCACUCCUGUCACUCCCCUCCAGUUCUUCGGUUACUCCAUUGCUCUGGGUGGCAUGGUCUAUUACAAGCUUGGCUUCGAGCAACUCAAGGGCUACAUGGGCGAGGCUAGCCGACAGUGGGCCGAGUUCGGUGCUCGCAAACCCGUUUUGCGCAAGAUUGCCAUCAUUGUUCUCGCAGUUUUCCUCUUCUUCUCCUUGUUCACUGCUCUGGCUCCCUCAUACGCUUAUGACCCUACCAGGCUAACCAACACCGUGGCUGGUCUCGGUCAGACUGGUGCUCAAUAA